AACAGCUAUGACUAUAUUACAAAUAAAAUUACAGAGUGUCAAAUUAUUAAACAAGAGAUUAUAGACGAGGAGAACGCUCAGAAUUAUCAAAAUGAUAAACAAGAGAUGACAAAUAAGAAGAAUAUUCAGAAUGAUUGGAAAACAGAGCGAGAGGAUAUUGACGAAAUUAAUUAUGAAGAGGAAGCUGUUACUUUAACGGAACAUAACAAAAUGGCAGCGUCAGUUGACUUAGCGACGGAUGAUUCUGAGAUAAAUAUUACUAAAAUGAAAUAUGAAUAUCUGCAAACCACAAAAGAAUUAAUAAAAUCUCUGCUUUUGUUACAAAUAAAACUACGGAAGGACGCUCGGAAUUAUCAAAACAAUACACAGAACGUGGCAGAUGAAAAAAAUAUUCAGAAUGAUUGGAAAACAGAUCGAAAAGAUAUUAACGAAAUUAAUUACGAAAAGGAAGCUGUUACUUUAACAGAACAUGUCGAAACGGUAGCGUCAGUUGACUUAGCGACUGAGACAGAUAUUAUUGAAAUGAAAUAUGAAGAUCUGAUGCAAGCCUCAAAAGAACAAAUUGAUAACAGCUCUGACUUUGUUAUAAAUAAAACUACAGAUGAAGAUACAAAUAAAAUUACACAGGGGUGUCAAAUUACUAAACGAGAAAUAAUGGACGAGAAAAACGCUCCGAAUUAUCAAGAUGAUACACUGGAGAUGACAGAUGAGAAAAUUAUUCAGAAAGAUUGGAAAACAGAUCAAAAAGACAUUAAUGAAAUUAAUUACGAAAAGGAAGCUGUUACUCUAACGGAAUGUAACAAAACGGCAGCGUCAGUUGACUUAGCGACGGAUACUGAGGAAUUGUGUACUAUAUAUGGCGCCCUUACUGAUGUAAGGCCUUAUAAAUGCGAAGUAUGCAAGAAGAAGUUUGCAUGGAAAUCGAGCCUGACUGUCCAUAAAUGUGUUCAUAGUGAUGUAAGGCCUUAUAAAUGCAAUGUAUGCGAGAAGAAGUUUGCAAGGAAAAAAUAUCUGAUUCUCCAUAAACGUGUUCAUAGUAAUGUACGGCCUUAUAAGUGCGAUGUAUGCGAGAAGAAGUUUACAAGAAAAGAUUAUCUGAUUCUUCAUGAACGUGUUCAUAAUGGAGAACGGCCUUAUAAAUGCGAUAUAUGCGAGAAGAAGUUUGCAAGGAAAGAUUAUCUGACUGUCCAUAAACGUGUUCAUAGUAAAGUACAGCCUUAUAAAUGCGACGUGUGCUCAUCCAGUUUCAAGCACUUGAACGGUAUGAAACAACAUUAA